CAUUGAAAUAGUGGUUUGAAGUAUCAGGCAGUCCAAAAUCUUUGACCGGUCAUCUUUGUUGGCUGAUGGUUAGAAAACGGCGUCUGAAGUGAUUUCUCUGAGAGAAAACCAGCAGAUCAUCAUGGCGAUGAAGUUGAAGACCACCAUAGGAAUGACAAGUGUGAUCGCGUAUCUUCUCACGCUUGGCACGUGUAGCGGUCGGCUACGAGGUCUUGGCACGACACCCAAUAUCAAGCACAUAGUGAUGGGAAGAUGCUUCAAUUAUAUCACUCUAGUCAAUCCCAGCAUGAGAUACGACUGCGAAGCAAUCUGGAGCGCAUUUGAGGAAGCGGUGGUGAAACAGGCUUCCUGCGACGUAGCCAUGGAGCACUAUCGCCACAUGUUCCUAGAAAUGCCGCAAACGUGGGCGUGCGAUAGGUUCCUGUUCUGGAGCAAAACAAAGAAGCUGAUUCAAGACUAUACGGCGGUAGCGCGUCAUUUCUGGACGCUGGAGGACACUCUAGCAGGCUACAUGUUUAAUGACAUCAUCUGGUGCCGCCAACAGGAAGACUCGGAAUUUAAUUUCAGGUCGUGUCCUGAAUGGUCGGCCUGUUUAAAUCAUCCUGUUCACUCUUUGUGGAGGCAAGCUUCCAAAAAUUUCGCGGAGAUGGCUUGCGGUAAUAUCACAGUGCUGCUCAAUGGCUCCAUUGAAAACGCUUUCAACACAAACAGCAUGUUUGGAAGUGUGGAGCUAGACAAUUUGAACCCAGUUAAGGUCAACUACGUUAACAUCAAAGUGGUGACCAAUCUGGACGGCCCGUUCAUAGAAUCCUGCGGUAGUGGAUCAAUUCUGGAUUUGAUUCACAUUUUACAGUCAAGAGGAUUCCGCUGGACGUGUUCGGACAAUGACCGGAUUCUGAAAAUCCUGCAGUGCGUCCAGAAACCGGAACACUCGGUGUGUAGGACGUUUGCCGAGAGCCUGACACAACGGGAGACCACGCUUCGGUGAAUCAGCAAAUGUAUAUAAAAGUACAGUGGUAUGAAAAAGUAUCUGAACUUUUUGGAAUUUCUCACAUUUUUUCAUAAAAUCACCAUCAAAUGUGAUUUGAUCUUUGUCAAAAUCACACAGAUGAAAAAACAGUGUCUGCUUUAACUAAAACCACCGAAAUAUUUAUAGGUUUUCAUAUUUUAGUGAGGAUAGUGGCAAACAAUGACAGAAGGGGGAAAAAUAAGUAAAUUAACAUUACAUUUAAUAUUUUGUGGCUCCCUCUUGGCAGCACAAACUGGUGACAUAAUUUUUAUUGGAAUUUGCCUGAUGGGGUCACAGAAAAAAAAAGCUUUUUUUUUAUGUUUUUCAGACGUUUUUGUUCAGUUUUUUUUUUUUUUUUUAAAGAAAAAAAUAGUCAUAUUUUCAGAGAAAAUUGUCUUUAUCUCUAUAGAAAGUCACAACCUCACAAAAAGAAUGCAUUUUCUACCACCUGUUUUCAAUAAUUACCUAAUCAACGGCGGUAGACGUCCAAUCCGUUUGAAUUUGGAGUUUAAAUAAAUAGGAAAUAUUAGUCAGACUUUUACGCUUAUCGUUUGCAGAGAUUUUCAUGUCAUUAUUUACCCAAAAUGUUGCUUAAGCAUUUGUGGUUGUUGAAAAUGACCACAAGAUGGCCUUGUAGCAUCGAAAAGUAGUACUAGUAGUAGCUCUGGCGCCAUCUUGUGUUACAAACUGCUUCAGUUCUUUCACAUUGUAUGUACUGUAUAUAUUGUUGUUGUAAUUUUACAUGCUUUAAGUUUUUUCAAGAUGUAAUUUAGGAAAAAAAAGAGUUUCGUAUUUAAGGAUUUCUAAAAUAAAUAUUUG